AUGCCCCCCUCUAUCCUCUCCACCUCUAUAUCUACUCAGAAAGAUAUGGAUGCGUUGCCAAUCGUCAAUUACCGUCUCGUUGAGUUUGAUACCAAUCUCUAUCGUCGGCAGAUAGAGCACUUCGAAUGGUACUGGGGCCUUCAAAAAGGAGAGCUUGAUCUCUCCACGCCACUCAAUCAUAUCCAACUUCGCAGCGACAUGGCCAAGCGUUUAGACGAGAACGAGUGGACUAUAUUACCAACCAAGCGAACAAUCAACACUAUCAUUGCUCUGUCCGACUUCAACAAGACCGCAGACGUGCAUAAGAGGAAGCGAUUCACCGAAGUCCUUCCUGAACAAGAGUAUGAGUACGACUUCGUACCGCUGCACAUCACCCAAGGAGACCGCCCUUCCAUGUAUCUCAAACGAGGCUCAACUACAAGGACGAUCACCAAGGCUUACUCGAAAAUGCCACGUAUCAAGUCGCGCGCCCAUCCACUUUUCGUCGUCUUCCGCACGGACCGCGAUAUCCUCUCUGCGUACUACACGAUCUCAAAAUCCGAAAAGGACCGACUGCGGGACAUGACGCACGCUGUUCUCUUCCGUUGGCAAGAUUGUCCCCCAAUCGAGUUCCUUGUAGGUCCGGACGUUUGGGCAAAGCACCGUCAUCCGUGGAGUGACGAUGGCUCUAUCGCGCGUUCCCAACUUAGCACCUGCAACCCUGCACCUACGAAGAAACCGGCGCGUGCUGUACGCAAGUCUACUCGCGCCCCCUCUCCUCAACCCAGAGCAUAUCAAGCCAGACCGUCAGUAUACGACUACGCGCGGAGUCCGCCCCCUUGUCCUAACUCGCCCGUUCUCCCUCGCAGCACCCACGCGUCCUCAUCCGGGUCCUCCGCCAGCGAGGCCGACGCCGAGUUCUCCGCCACCGACCUAAAAGAUUGGCUGAGGUCUAUCGAACCCGAGCCGAAGGCAAAGCGCGCAUUCCCCUCCUCUCCUCGCCGCGACCCCGUUCUUGCUCGAUAUCGCAAGGAACCGGCGCGGGAUCCCGCGAAUGCGCUUCGCGUCUCGUUGCUCCUCGUGCUCGGCGGAUUGGUGGCGGAAGGCAGCGACGGCACCAACAGGGAGGUUUACACCAGCAACGACUGGGCGACGAUCGUCCACCGGACCUGUCUUUGGUCCUCAAAUCCACCCGAGGAAGCCGUGGCCGACUAUAUCGACCUUAUCCCCUAG